CCGUAGGUUUCGGACAUGGCCGUCUGCGACAUCUUGGGAGCGGCGCCGCCUCUCGCCGGGUCACCGGCUGCACUCGCCCGCGGUCCGCCGGCGCGUCUCGGUGGGGAAGGACCUGGGGUGGGGGACCGGAGGAGGGAGGGGCCCGACCGGUCCCCACGGCAACCGCCGGUCUCCCAGCGGCUGCGGCCCAGCCGGACUCCAGCUCCGCGCAGGCGCAGGGCCCUCCACCCUCCGUCCGGCCGCGACCGCGAGGAGGAAGAGGAGAUGGGCUACGCGAGGCCCGGCCCACUCCGCGUUCGCGCGUGCGCACGGGGAGGCCGGGGCGGGGCGCAUGGGGACUUCGGCGCGCGCCGGAAGCACGUGCGCGGGCUGGGCCCUCUGGCGGUGUGCGCCGAGGCUCCUGAGUAUAACAGAUUGGUUCUGAUUAAAACCAUUUCAGAGGAAAGACAGUGAUCCCAGGAAGCGGGAGGAAAACAGCAUCACCUGAAGUUAUUCCUAUUCGUUAGAGUUGUUUUCUUCCUACGAAAAACCGCUAUCUACAAGAAAGAAGUCAGUGAGCUGCAGUGAUAGCAUUACUGACUGAAACUGGACCAGAGAUCCCUGAAACCUGGACAAGGUGGUAGAAAUACAAAUUAUGCUGCCAUUUCAAAGCUGUGGGCAGUUUUCUACUUUGUGGAAAAUGAAGACUUAGGUAGGCCUUUGGGAAAGACGAUUUGUUUUGGAAAAACCACCCAAAGGGAUCAUUUGGUUUGCAAAUGUAACUGCAGUAUCACAACUGGGAGAAGAAAUAUACAAGGGCGAGGUUUGAAGGAGCCAUUCAGUAUCCUUGGAUGAUACUGUGGAAGAUUCUUUGCAUCUCAGUAACUUUGGAUCUUUGAAGAUCGAAGAAAAUAAAUUUCCUCAAAAUAUUUUUAGAGACUGCUUUGAUUCUGAGGCACUGCUGAUUAUAUGGAAGAAAAAAAUACUGGAAUAUUAAUUUGUGGUUUUCUCCAGUUAUCGUCUCCCUUCUCUUUGGGGGAGGUUUGUGACACAGUAAAAACAGAUAUACAAAAGCCUAGGCAUGUUGGAGAUUUGCCUAAGGGAAAUGUAAUUAUGAAGAAGGAUUUUUUUCAAGCUGAAACUAGAUCCCACUUUUUUCCAGGUCAGUGGGUCCUUCAAGUAUCUGGUACUUUGCUUCCUGACAAUGUUAAAGAAUGUGGCAUGACCUUACAUUUAAUGCCCAACGUGAGGAGCCCUGGGGCUUGAUGCAUGAGAUUCUUGGAGCUAGGCCUGGUGGAGGGCACUGGUCACAGCCUCGGUGGAAUGGUGACUUUCUUUGGUAACUGGAAUUGAAGAAAAUGAGUGGACUUGUGUCUGAGCACUUGGGAACUCAGCAAUCCCUGGGUGUUACCUUGAGAAGGAGCCAAAUUCCGGACAUAGAAGUGGAGACUUGAAAAUGGAAGCUCAAUUCCACACCCAGGCUGGUGGAGACUAUGACAUAUGACUCACAUAUUCAAGAAAGUAGACACCUCAGAGGUCACUGGGCCACUUUACCUUCCACUGUCAAAACUAUGUCCAUGAUCAGAUACCUCUGUUGCUAGGGAAUAUUCAGUCAGAAUGGGCUAGAUUAACUGCAGUAAUGCAGAUCUUUCAACCCAUUUAUGACUUACACAGCAAAGUUCCUCACUCAGACUACCUGUCCACUCCAACUAGCAGAGACUUGCUCAUGGGCCCUCCUAGACCCGGGCCGACCGAGUGUGUUUUAUCUAAAUGCAUCUCCACAAUCACUCAGGUAGGAGUGGCUAUGCAUUAGGACCGAUUGUGCAUUAGCUAGAGAAGCACUUACCAGGAAUUGCUAUAAGAACUUCUAUUUACAUUUCAUGGGCCAAAGCAAGUCAUGUGGCAACACUUAAUUUCAAAGAGGACAGGAAAUGCAAUAUUAUUAUGUCCCUGAAAGAAAGGAGAAGAGAAAGUCUAUGGAAAGACAUUAUGACUACCACUGGAAUUUUCACCUGUCCAGGCAGCUCAUCGUGCUUUUAUUUGAAACAAUUUUAUUGAAGUAUGAUAGGCAUAACUGCACAUAUGUAUGUAUUUAUUUAUUUUAUUUUAUUUUAUUUUUUGAGAUGGAGUCUUGCUUUGUUGCACAGGCUGGAAUGCAGUGGCGUGAUCUCAGCUCACUAUGACCUCUGCCUCCUGGGUUCAAGUGAUUCUCCUGCCUCAGACUUCUGAGUAGCUGGGAUUACAGCCACGCGCCACCACACCUGGCUAAUUUUUGUAUUUUUAGUAGAGACGGGGUUUCGCCUUGUUGGCUGUGCUGGUCUCAAACUCCUGACCUCAGGUAAUCCGCCUGCCUCAGCCUCCCAAAGUGCUGGGCAGCCUCCCAAAGUGCUGGGAUUACAGGCGUGAGCCACCGCACCUGGCCUGCACAUAUUUAAAGUGUACAUUUUGACAAUUUUUGAUAUAUGUGUACGCUUGUGCUUGCUGCUCCGGGGGACCGCUAUUUCUAGGCCUUUUCAGUGGACAGAGGCAUUUUUGUGAUUGUUUUAUCUCAUUUGUCGCUUAGGAAGAAUAGCUUCUUGUGAGGUUUAGUGGUGGUUUUGGGGUUGAUAGUAUAGGUCUUCAUCAUAGUCCACCUCCAAGUGAUGAUACACUACUUUAUACAGAGUAUAAGAAACUGACAACCAUUUGCUUCCAUCCUCCCCCAGCAUCUGUGCUGGGGAUGUUGUACUUCUACAUAUGUUGUACGCCCACAUACAUUGUUAUUGUUUUUACUUAAUAAGCUACUAAUUCUCUGUCUCUCUUUUCCUUUUAAUUGUGGUAAAAUAGACAUAAAAGGUAGCAACUCAACCAUCUUGAAAUGUACAGUGGCAUUAAAUAUAUUCCCAUUGUUGUGCAACCAUCACCACCAUCCAUCUCUAGAACGCUUCAUGUUGCAAACCUGAAACUCUGUACCUGUUUAACAACAACUCCCCAUUCACUUCUCCCCACAGUGCCUGGCAACCACCAUUCUACUUCCUGUCUAGGAAUUGGCUUCUGUCGGUACAGUACCUCAUAUAAAUGGAGUCAUACAGUAUUUGUCUUUUCCUCACUGUCAUAUUUCACUUAGCAUAAUGUCCUCAAGAUUCAUCUGUAACAUUGUAGAAUGUGUCAGAAUUUCCUUCCUGUUUAAGACUGAAUACUAUUCAAUACUUUGUACAUAUAUACUGCAUUUUCAGCCAAUUCUUUUCAAUAGAUUUAAACAAUAAGAAAAAAGUGUUUUAUAUUUACUCACAUAGUUACCAUAUCUAAGACUCCUUAUUCUCUUGUAUAGAUUAGAUUUCCAUGGUCUCAUUUCCCUUUUGUCUGAAGGGCUUUCCUUGACAGAUCUUGAAGUGUAGAUCUGCUGGUGACUAAUUCUUUCAGCUUUUAUAUAUCCAAAAAAGUCUUUAUUUCACUUCUGUGUUUGAAGUUAUUUUUGCUCAAUUUCGAUUUUUAGGGUUUUCAAUUUUUUUUUUCUGACGUGAAGAUACCGUUUCAGUGUUUUCUGGCUCAUUUUGUUUCCAAUAAGGAGUGAACUGCCAUUCUUAUCUUUAUUUCUUUUAUGCAACGUGUCUUUUAUCUCUGCUUGGUUUUAAGAUUUCAUCUGUAUCACUGGUCUGAAGCAAUUUGAUUAUGAUGUGCCUUGGUGUUGAUUUUCUUUAAAGUUCUUGUCCUUGAGUUUCACUGAACUUCUCUGGUCUUUGAGUUUAUAGUUGCUAUCAGAUUUGGAGUUUUUUCAGCCAUUAUUUCUUCAAAUAUUUUUUUCUGCCCCUGCCUCUCCUUUCCUUUGGCGAUUCUACUACACAAAUAUUAGAUCACUUGAAUUUGUUUCACAGCUAACUCAGGCUUUGUUCAUUUUUUGUUAGUCUUUUUUCUUUCUGUUUUUCAUUUUUGUGUAAUUUCCAUUGCUGUGUCUUUAAAUUCACUCAUCUUUCCUAUAGUAUCUAAUCUGCUGUCAAUUCCAUCCAGCGUAUUUUUCCUCUCAGGCAUUGCCAUUUCACCCGCAGAAGUUUCACUCGGUGUCUGGACCUGCAUCUGGGUCCUCUGGUUUCCGUGUUUAGUGCUCAAGCAUAUGGAACAUAUGUCAUUUCUACUAACUUUAUCACCUAAGUAAUUUCUGAGAUUGUUUAUAUUGAUUGGCUUUUCUCUUCAUUGUAGGUAAUAUUUUCCUACUUUACAAGCCAGAUAAUUUUUUAUUGAAUGCCAGACAUUGAGAAGUUUACUUUGAGAUACAUAUAAUGUUUAUUUUUAUAAAUAUUUUUGAGCUUUGUUCUGGGGUGCAGGUAAGUUCCUUGGAAAGAGCUUGAUGCUUCAGGUCAUGUUUUUACACUUUUUUUAGGGGGUGGGCCCUGAGCAGCAUUCUACUCAACAAAUCCUUGAGUUAUGAAGGUUUGCACCGUGAUUGGUGGAAUUCGGAGUUCCUCUGGGCCGUGCAUGAGUGCUGGGGAUUGUUUUCUCUAAUAUUCGCUGGUGAUUCUUUAUCUGGCAUGGGGUAGGAGUGCCUACCACAGUAGGAAUUUGAAAUGCAGGUAUUUCUUCACUUGCCUGCACUGCUCAGUAGACUUGAAGGGAACCCUCUGCAAACCUCUGGCACUCUCUCUCUCUCUGUAGAACUCUGCACAACCCCCAGCUCAGGGAGUGCUGCUUCUUCCUCCUGUCUGACUCCAGAGCUCGGUCUGUGGCACUCUUUCUCUGCAGUCACUUACUUGCUCAUUCAUUUCAUCAGGUCUUAAGGCUUUCAAUACGAUCUAAAGCUGAUGAUUCCUUAAUUUCUAGCUUGCCUAGGCUUCUAUGUACAAUUGCUUACUUGAUACGUCCACUUGAAUGAAUGCCUAUUAGGUUUCUUAAUACUAACGAAAUAAAAACCGAGGCCGGGCACGGUGGCUCACGACUGUAAUCCCAGCACUUUGGGAGGCCAAGGCGGGUGAAUCACGAGGUCAGGAGUUCAAGACCAGGCUGGACAGUAUGGUGAAACCCUGUCUCUACUAAAAAAUACAAAAAAUUAGCCAGGCGUGGUGGCGCUCACAUGUAGUCUCAUCUACUCAGGAGGCCGAGGCAGGAGAAUCGCUGGGAGGCAGAGGUUGCAGUGAGCCGAGAUCAUGCCACUGCACUCCAGCCCGGGCGACAGAGCGAGAUUCCAUCUCAAAACAAACAAACAAACAAACCAAACAUCCAGAUUUCUUGACCAAACCAGUGCCUUCUGCAAUCUUUUGUAUCUCAGUAAAUGGCAGUUUGCCAGGUGUAUUAGUCAGGGUCAGGGUUCUCUAGAGGGACAGAACUAAUAGGAUACAUGUAUAUAUGAAAGGGAGUUUAUUGAGGAGAAUUGACUCACACGAUCACAAGCUAAAGUCCCAUGAUUGGCUGUCUGCAAGCUGAGGUGCAAGGAAGCCAGUGGUGGAUCAGUCCAAGUCCCAAAACCUCAAAAAUAGGGAAGCCGACAGUGUAGCCUUCCAUCUGUGGGCAAAGGCCCAAGAGGCCCUGGCAAACCACUGGUGUAAGUCUAAGAGUCCGAAAGCUGAAGAACUUGGAGGCUGAUGUUCGAGGGCAGGAAGCAUCCAGCACGGCAGAAAGAUGAAGGCCAGAAGACUCAGCAAGUCUGCUUUAUUCUAGCCGCUCUGGUAGCCGAUUAGAUGGGGCCCACCCAGAUUGAGGGUGGGUCAGCCUCUCCCGGUCCACUGACUCAAAUGUUAAUCUCCUUUGGGAACACCCUCACGACACACCUAGGAACAAUACUGUGAAUCCUUCAAUCAAGUUGACACAAUAUUAAACAUCACACCAGGGCCAAACCUUGGGAGUCCUGCCUGACUUCUCACACCCACAUUUGAUCCAUCAGCAAGUCCUACAGGCUCUACUGUCAAGAGCAUCCAGAAUCUGCUUUUGCUACUCCCACUGCCCCACCCCCGAAUCCUGGCCAUCUCCUGCACCAGCCCGCCUUACCUCUCUCCUGCCUUUUGCAGCUACCUCCCCUUCCUGCUUCUAUGGUUGUCUCCCUGUGUUGUCUUUUCUCAACACAGCUGCUAGAGCAAUCCUAUUAAAAUGUAAAUAAACAAAACCAAAAAUAAAUGACAAUUCUCCUUUAAAA